ACUUGAUGUCCAAUAAAAAAAAUGUUGAUAAGUUGUUUUAGAUAGGUUAAUUUUGCACAGAGUCAUCGUUAUGAUUUUCUUUAAAAAAACAUAUUGAUGUACAAUAAUUGUGGGCUUGAUUGGAUAACCAAGCUUAAAAGUUGUUUGCCAUUCUCAGAGUAAAUUUCAAAUUGGAUUUUUCUUUGAGGAGAUUACAAAACACAGUAUGGAUGAUUAAUUUGACUCAUUCAGCCUGAUACCUUUUGAUACCUUGAUAACCUUUCACUCUUCUAAACUUCUUCUACAUCCAUGACAGGCAAAUUCUGCUUCAAGUGCACUAAGGUGGGGCAAGAAAAGCACCAGAAACAUGUUGGGUUAUCUCUACUAGGCUGUUUGUAUUGUAUAAAUGCUUGUUUCGGUUUAAAAUGCUGAUAUUAAAACUAAUGAAGCAGUUUUAUCUUUUAUUCCAAAGAAAUCUUUAACAAUUCUUUUUUUUAAGCCGACUUGAGAUGUGAGUAGGUAUUUGAAAGUAGCGUUAAGAAUAGAGUGAAGAAAAAAGUUACAUUGUCAAAGAUUCUUUUAAGCCGUUCACGUUAAGUAUUUAGGCUUACUUUGUGGACAAUUUUUUGUGACAUUUUCAGUGUUCACACAUCUAUUUUUAAGCAAUCAAUAAUGUAAAAUAUUGUCUUAAUAUAUACAAAGUUUAACAGUACCCAUAGUUACAGUACAAAUACGUAAUUGUAUAAAUACAAUGGAGCUGAUCAGAUGUUGUUAUUCCACAGAAGACUAUCCCGCGUUAUAAACAAAUGCUCUUUAAUCUCUAACAAAUACUACAGUUGUCCCCCCUAAACAGUAUACCGAAAUCGUCAAGAGAUAUUGUGGUGUGACAGGCUUUCAGAUGAUCUUUAAUUGGUGCUGGUUUUCGCAAACCUUUAGUUGAUGUGACAUAUUGCCUAUAAAAGUUCUUCUUUAGAUUCAGAGACCAGUUGCCUAAAGAAAUAAUAUUGGGCGUGAUAUAUAACUUUUGUGUGAACACCUGACACUACCAAACACCCUUUUAUUAAAUAGCGUCACUGUCAACAAAAUAAAUUAAUCGUCAACUAAAGGAAUUGACCGUUAACUAAAUAAAUUGACUGUCAAUGAAAUAAGUUAACCGUAUUUAAGUAACACUAACCGUUAACGUUUCUUGUUAACGGUUAAUUUAAAACUUGCAAAUCUUCCAUGUAAAUAUUAACCAUUAACAAAUUUACUUAACAGAGUGUAAAGAUUAUUGACGGUUAAUAUAUCUUGUUAACUGCCAAUAUCAAUAUCGUCUCAAAAGAUUUGUAUGCUUUUUCGUAUCAUUAUAUACGAAUGCUACAAAGUACUUUGUUUAUACGAAUGUCGUACAAAGUGCCUUGAAAUAAAAAAAUAUAAACUUUUUUAAAAUAAGAUACAACGUUUUUUUAUUAUACGAAGAAAAUGAUAAGAUCUUUGAACAGAGUAAAUUGCUAUACGAUCUUAAAAUGAACUUUAAAAGUAUCAGCGUAAUUGCACAAAACUAAACAAAACUUCAAAGUUUAAAUUUUUAUGUCAUUUCAUCAUCAUCAUCAUCAUCAUCAUCAUUCUCGGCUUAACGUCCGUUUUCCAUGCUAGCAUGGGUUGGAUGGUGUAUAUUAAUGACCCUCUUCCAAUCUGAUCUAGACUGUGUGAGAUCUAAACUCAACUUCCUCUGUAUCAAGCCUGUCCUUAUAACCUCCUGCCAAGUCUUUCCCGGUCUGCCUCUGGGUUUUACCCCAGGAACUAUUAAGUCUCUACACUUUCUUACCCAAUUAUUCCCCUCCAUUUUUUCCAAGUGCCCCAGCUAAUUCAAACUUCUUAUCUGGAUAACAUCUUUAAUUCUACGGAUACUUAGCCUGCUUCUUAGCUUAUCUGAACUCUUUCUGUCUCUCAAACUGGCGUUACACAUCCAUCUAACCAUUCUCAUAUCAUUCCUUUCUAAACGGUCAAGAUCUUCCUGCUUCACUGCCCAUGUGUCACUACCGUACAACAUAACAUUUCUUACGCAGGCCUCAUACAACCUACCUUUUAACUCAAUUGAUUCUGUGUGACAAAGAUUUAGAAACAGCGAUUUUAUCGCUUGUGUGAUUUCCAUUUAGUUCAAAUGUCAAUUUGUUUCUAAAUGCUGCAGGUUGAUGCAAUCAUUUUAUUUUCAAGUGAUCUGAUUGGUUAUCGCUAAAAAGCUUCCUCAGAAAGUUAAAUUCAUAUAACUUUCAAGGGAGCUUUAUUCUAUUUAUAUUUUCAGUGCUUAAUUGCUAUGGUUUUGAAGCAACGACAUAAAAGUUAACAACAACAAUGACAGAUAAUUUUAGAAAUAUAUUCUCUUGUUUCAUGUCAUAACUACACUUGAGUUUGGGGAAAGGAAAGUUUCAGGUUUGGUAUCAGGGGGUCCCAAACCAGAUGCGUGUGUUUCCAUCCUAACCCUUAGUAAGACGUAUCUCAUGUAAACGUCUGCGUAUCUCGUGGAAACGCAACCCUCUCAGCAAAUCUCGUGGAAAUGCCUACAUCUCAGCAACUCGCUUGGAAAUUGCCUACAUCUCAGCGAAUCUCAUGGAAUCCCUUACACCUCAGCAAAUCUCUUGGAAAUGCCUACUACCUGCUAUGGCGUAUCUUGUGGAAACGCAACUCAUUUGUUAGGAAAACAAACGCAUCUUCAUCCCAUUUGGCUGACGAAGAGAGCCCGACAUCCCCACCAGCGCGGGUCAACAGUGCUUCUACCUCUGGACAAAAAACUUCGCAAUGGCAAGUGGCCAAAUUUGAAUCACCAAGAAAACCUUGAGAUGUUAAUCGACAAAUCUCGAUUGUGGAGAAUACAAAUUAAUGUGAAUCUGUUAUGGAUAAGCCAUUUAAAUGUCACACAUGUGGACAGUGUUUUGCAAAUAGUGACCAUCUUGGUGUACAUCUCUCACAUCACGCUAAACAGAAAAGUUUACAAGUUAAAAUACCUGGAAUUUUAAAUGGCCCUCUUACAGAUCAAACUCCUACACCAACACGUUUCUUGAAAACUGCUGAAGUCGAUGGAUCUGUUUUGUUUGAGGAAAUCAAUCCUUUUGACCAGGAUUUCAAAAUGGCUUCCAAACGUCAAAACUCGGUGAUCGCUGAACAGAGUCCAGCUGUUGGUUCAACGACUGGAGAUGAAAGUCCAAGUGACAUCUCGAAGCUGGAACAACUAUCAGAAGUGAUACAUUCGGUCUCUACUAAAGCAUCAAUCAACGCGAAUGAAGCUUCCAAAUCGACGGCGAAUCAGAACCCAGUCCUGCAAGCAGUUUUGAAGCAGCUGCAACAAAACAAACCGCUUGUUAAUACAUCGACACUUUCAACGGCACUGCCGUCUGUUUUAACAUCCUCUAACACGGCGUCGUCUGUUUUGACAUCAUCUGGUUCGUCGUCGAUUGUUUUCACUUCUGCUCAUACUGCCACUGCAUCCGACCCGACGUCCGUCACUUCAUCGACUCAGCAGCAGAAAAGCAACUCCUCGCAAGAUUUACUGCGGGAACAGUUGAAAGCUCUGAUCAAAUCAGGGCAGAUCAAAAUACAGUUUUCUUCCGAUCCGUCUUCGCCGAAGGUUCAGGCAACGAUUGUCGGCAACGUGCCGGCGAAAUCCUCAGCAGUACAAACAUCGUUAAAUUCUCAAGCGAAGCAAUUGGUUGUUGCACCUAAACAAGUUAGCCAUCAAACUAGUGUAACUCCAAUGUCAGUAUUGUCAGUCCCGGCUGCAACAAUUGUUUCAUCGGCAAACAUGGUCCACAUGAAUCAUUCCGAUGUUAAUCUAGCCAUAGCUAAACAAAAGUUAAAGCAAGUCAUUCAAGCAAAUUCUUCUGACAACAACAAUUUACUGAACGGUCGCGUAAGUAUGGUGAAAAACAUGAGUUCGCAGGGAAAGUAUAAAGAUAUCAUACUGGUUGACGAAAAGAGUAACGACAGUAGUGGGAGUGAAAAUUAUGAAAUGCCUGGCAAGAGAAAACGUUCAAGCGAGGAUGCAACGCCUGAAGAAAAACGAAGAAGAUUUCUAGAGCGAAACAGAGCUGCGGCGUCCAGGUGUAGACAGAAAAGAAAGGUUUGGGUGAACCAGUUGGAACAAAAAUCAGAUGAUCUCAUCCAAACGAAUAGUCAGUUAAUGAGCGAAAUCACUGCGUUACGAAGUGAAGUUGCACAGUUAAAAGGAUUGCUGUUGGCUCAUAAAGACUGUCCUGUCACGUUACAACAGAAAGCUUUGAUCAGUCAACUAACAACUUCAGGUGCGUACGUGGUAUCAGACGGGCAGAUAAUAGCCAUACACCAAGUGCCCAACGGCAAUGUGCAAGCCAGUUCUGCAGAAGAGCUUGCUACUAGUGCGUUAACAGACAUGGCGUCAAGAGCUACGGUAGAGUUGGGUCAUCGUAUGUCUUCUGGCACAGUGACGGUACAAGCGAAUGACAGCUCUGUCUCAACAAUAUCUAGCAACUUGAUGCAACGAUAAUUUGCAGACCAGAAUGAAAAAUAAAGAAUACCAAUAUCUAAUUUGCAACCCUUUUGCGCGCCAAAACUUAAUUGCUUGCGUGACUUCGGGCAAUAUAGUAUUCGCUUAGUAGUUUUUUUAUAACAAGAAAAAUUACCACAACUAUUUCUGAAGAAAUGUAUAUUUUAAUUGUACAUAUAAAUCAUAGUUUAUGUAUUUAUUACGUCCAGUAUUGACGGUUUUUUUACUAAGAACUUUUGAAUGUAACAAGAGUGUUAAAAAAGAUGAUGAACUUAUCAACACAA